AAAGAACAACUAAGAUAAAUUAUGAAGUAUGCCAAUUAGUUGAUUCUAUUCAUGGCAAGACAAAACUUAAUGUACGUGGAUAUUUAUUAGUAAAAGAUAAAAAUCAGGAUGAAAAGUAUUAUUGGUGUUGUGAGUAUAAAAAUACACUAAAAUGUAAUAGAAGAGCAACAGCAAACUUAGUAGGUGAAGAGCACUUAUUAAUGAAAUUUGUCAAACACAAUUAUGCACCAAUCACAAGCCAUGUUGAUGUAGUUCAAACACUCAAUUCAAUGAGAAAUGCAGCUUCUGGAAUUAUGUUAGAAAAAAAGCAUUUAUCUUCACAACCACAAACAUUACAAGAUAUUGAUAUUCCUAAUAAUUUAC